CAAAAGACUCGCGAAUCGCCGUAGGAAAAACGCCGUCAAAAACAACAAAAAAUCGAAAUUUUAAUCGCAAAUUAUGAACCCAAAUGACAAAAAAUGGCGAAAUUUAAUAGUUGAUCGUUUACGGGACCGCAACCGGACCGAAUCAUCGAGCUUCAACGCGUUAAUCCAGUGCAAUAAUCGUCUCUUCGACUCGAACAGCCAGCUGAGUGCGGAAAAUCUCCGUCUUGUCGUGGAAAAUGAGAAAAUUCGUCAGGGAGCGCGGGGAUCGUUGCAUGGGUCGCGCGACAGCUCCUUGGACAAUGCCAGAGUGCAAAAUUUGGAGAAAAAAUUGCUCGCACAGCAGGAAGAGCUCACGGAACUGCAUAAACGCAAAGGAGAGCACUCGCAACAAAUAAUUGACUUGAAUAAACGCGUGCAGGAACUGCUAAAAGUCAUCGCGGACAAAGAUGCGACGCUGGCAGACCAAAAAUCGCUGAACCAAAAGUUGCGUGCGGAAGUCCAGAUGCUCACGUCGAGCAUCCAGGAGCUGAAAAACUUGAAUACUUGCCUGCGGGACGAACAUACUGCCUUGCAACUUGCAUUUGCGUCGAACGAGGAGAAGCUCCGGAAGGCGCAGGACGACAACCGAGUGCUCGUCGAGAAAAUUGGGCAAAUCCAGAAACAAAUGGCGGAAAAAAUGAACGACGAGAAUGAAAGUUUUAUACGUAAAAUGUCGGAACGCAUGCGACGCGAACUCGAAGAUGCCGCCCGUGACGGUUCCCGACGCUCCAAUAGUCCCGUAAUUCAGGAUCGCGGCAGCAUUGGGGAACUUUUUACGCGCGGCAUUGACGCCAUUUAUAUCGAUGCCUUGCCCAAUGGCGUUCAAAUGAAGUUCGAUUCGCACGAUGGCGAAGUAAAUGCCGUGCGUUGGAACCCAAUUGAGCAAAUAGUCGCCACGGGAGGUGCUGAUCGCAAGGUAAAGCUGUGGGAUGUGAGCAAGGGAAUGUGCGAUCCAAAGGGAACUCUCGUUGGGUGCAACGCGGGAGUAAAUAGUGUAGAUUUUGACUCGACAGGUACCAUGAUUAUUGGCACGUCGAACGAUUAUGCUAGUCGAAUAUGGACUUUGAGUGACCAACGACUUCGGCAUACGCUGACAGGUCACAGUGGGAAAGUUAUGGCAGCAAAAUUUAUGGGAGAACCAUCAAAAGUUGUCACUGGCAGUCAUGAUCGCACGUUAAAAGUGUGGGAUUUGCGUAACAAAGCAUGCAUCGAAACAAAGUUUGCUGGGUCUAGUUGCAAUGAUCUCGUCAUCACCGAUGGAUCGGGCUCCACAAUAAUCUCAGGGCAUUUUGAUAAGAAGAUUAGAUUUUGGGAUACGCGGACAGACUGUUCCGCGAACGACAUUGUGUUAAAUGGGAAAAUUACAUCACUGGACCUCUCGAAGGACUAUAAAUAUUUGUUGUGCUGUACGCGCGACGAUACUAUUAAACUACUCGAUUUGCGUCGCAAUCAGAUAAUUACGACGUAUAGCCACGAUAAUUUCAAGGUAGGAUGUGAUUGGGCGAGGGUUUGUUUCAGCCCAGAUGGCUCGAAAAUCGCAGCAGGGGGCGCUGAUGGGAAUGUUUACGUUUGGAAUGUAAAUGGAACGCUGGAGACGACGUUGAAGGAUCAUUCGUCCGGGGGCUUUUUCAUUCGCAGUUCUUCCAUCACUGCCGUUAGUUGGCAUCCACAUUUUCCGGUGCUCGCAAGUGUAGACAGAGCCAAAAAGUGCGUGAUAUGGUCAAGCACGACAGUUUAAAAAAUACUUUUUUUUAGCGAAAUUAAGUAAAAAAUUCCAUUCUUGACUUUUUUUUAAAAAAUAAAAAAUAUUUUUUUUAAACAACGUGUCAUAAAAAAUUUUCUUAUUCUUCAGAAAAAAAAAAUAAAUUAAAAAAAAAUCAGAUGUGGAAACAAAAUUGACUGAAAUUUUGAAAAAAAAAAUUAAUUGAAUUGUGUCAAGAAAAAAAAAAUCAAAGAAAAUCGA